GAAGCAGAAUGUGACUAUGUCAGUAGAGGCGGGCAGUUGAAGUGGGCACAUAAACGACACAAUAGUUCUCUUUGGUACACCUUCUCUGCCCCCUCAACUUCAUAAGAAUAUGUGACCCAAUUAGAAUCUUUCCCUCUUUAUUCUUCUUUCGCCAAUCUAAUCUCAUGAGGUUGCUUUGAAUGCAAUCAAAGAGGUUCGGCAUAGGACCCAUUUCAAAUCCCGCAUUGCCAACUUCGGUUUCCGAGGCCCGAUCUUCAACUUUAGGAUUAUAAAAUGCUCCACCUCGUGGUCGAACCGAUGGAAGAAACUCCACCAGUCAAUUCUUCCCGACCCACGAAGGGCUCGUUGACUGAGUAGCUCCACUAUUUUGUCUAUCUAAAACUGAUACAUUUAAUUGUUUAUCUAUAAUAAUACUAUGCACAAGAGGAUGCUCCAUCCUGAUUUUACUUUGGCUGAACCACUGAAAGGUAUUUGAUGUCUUCUUCCACUUGCUGGAGAAAGAAGAGUGGGUUUUACUGUUUUUAGCUGUGAAAUGGAGUAUGGUUCUUGGUGGGCUUCUUUGAUUUGGGUUAUUGUUGCUCUCCUUUGUAAACUGGCACUUACCGCUGUUACUGUGCAUUGCUAGCAACUCUUUUGCUUUCUACUUCAAAAGGUGAGAAGUAAAAGACAUAAUCUCCUUGUGAAAACUGAAAGUAACUUACAGAUGCAGCCUUUUCAAAUGCUUCUCAUUAUGCCUCGAAAAGGAAUAGUUUUAUAGAGGACUUUUCGAUGCAUAAAAGUUGCCUUUUCUUUUCAGUUUACAUUUAGUUGCCAUUAAUUUCCUGAAAACCUUAUGUUUGCUUUAUCAACCAGUCUUGACUCUUGAUAGAGAAAGUUUGAGGAGAUGGGAUUGGGGGAGAUGGAAAAGGGGAAAAGCAAGUGGGGUUGAUUGCAGCCUGUCUUUUCCCUGAAAACCAGGGACAAUUCUCUUUUAUUCUUUUUCUUUUUUCCUAGCUCUUGUAUUGUGCUGUAGUUUGGCUUCUCCUCCACUGUUCUGCAGUCUUGGGCACAUGUAAAAGCAGCCAUGCUUUUGAUAUUUCACGUUCUUCUUCAUAACCUUAUACCCUCCAUCCAUCUUACAUAUUACAAUUUUAUGAUUUGGUGAUGCUCCAUGAUGUUCUAUAAGAACUGCUGCUCUCUUGAGUUCAGUGUCCCCCCCACUUUCAAUACUGAUUAUCUAAGAUAAGCCCUCAUCCUGUUUCACUUUCUUCUGCAAGACUCUUGUAUGUGUUGUUUCCGUGCUUCAAUUCUCAAAUGCUUGUGGGCUGUAUAUUGUAAUCUGACUGGUCUUUUGUCCAAUCUCUUGCUUUCACUCUCCUGAAAGUCUUGUUUUAGUCCUGUUUCUAAUGUAUUUUACAUGAAUUGCUAACGUCUUAUAGACUAACCUUUAUUUAUCUUGUGAUAGUGUAUUCAAAGGAGAAGGACCAUUGUUUUGAAUGAUGGAUGAGAAAGAGGUCUCCAACACACUAACAUUUAUCUCAGAAGAGAAGAUUGACAGUUUAUCUCCCAUGUAUUUUGGUGUUUCUUGCGCAUUCUUUGCUCUUCGACUAUUGUCAAUAUCGGAUUGCAUAGACGAAAAAUGGUCUGAAGUUCGGGAAAAGAUGCUUCAAGGAAGUGCCCAGCUCUUGGGAUUGCUAAUAUGGAGUGCUCAGAGAAAAGUGGAUCGGCAAACACCCAAUCUUCUUCAUAAACUCAAGGCUGCCGAGAGAGAGAUAGCAGAGUUGAAAAGAAUCAGACAUGAAGAUGCCAAAGCUAAUGAAAAAGUUGUUUGCAUUUUCGCUGCUCAAGAGCAACGGUGGUUGAUUGAAAGGAAGAAGCUUCGCCAACACAUUGGAGCUCUAAUGCAUGAUGUGAGGGUUCUGGAAAAGAAGGAGGAACUUAUUUCUGAACUGAACGAAAAAUUGAAGGAGAUGGAGGCGGCACUGGAGUCCAAGGAGAAGACAAUAGAGGAAGAGAUUAAAAAAGGAAUUGAGUUGGAAGAAAAACUGUCCAAGGUUGAAAAUGUAGUAGAAGAAUUGAGAGAAACAGCUAAACGUGAGGCCCAAGAGCAUUCCUCUGAGCUUUGGAAGCACAAAUCCGCGUUCAUCGAGCUGGUCUCAAACCAAAGGCAACUUGAAGCUGAUAUGGGGCGAGCAGUUAGACAAGUUGAAGCAUCAAAAGAUGAGCUUGAUUCAGUUUUAGAGCAAAAGGAGGAGUCGGUAAUAUUGGUACAGAAACUAUCAGCUGAGAUUGUUAAGAUGCGCAAGGAUUUAGAACAGAAAGACAAGAUACUAUCAGCAAUGCUGAGAAAAUCCAAGCUGGAUACGGCACACAAGCAAAUGCUCCUUAAGGAGAUUAAGUUAUCCAAAGCUAAGAGAAAGCAAGCAGAAUUAGAAGCUGAAAGAUGGAAGACAAUUUUAGAAUCUAGACAUGAAAGACAAUCACUAAGAAGUGUGUUGUCCAAUCAGGACAAUUCAGGAUAUGAUGUUCCUGCGAGUGCUGGGGGCAAGUAUUCAAAUACAACCGGGCUCUCAAAUAAUGGGAAGACAAUAUUGAAGCCAACUGAUAUUUAUAUUGACUACAACCACCCCCUUUCUGAAUGUCUUUCCCCUGAAAAAAGUGAUGACCCAGUCUCUGGGAGAAUGAUUGAUGUCAAGCAGAUGGAAGAGUUGGUAUGUUCUGAGGCAGAAAAGUAUGUGUUAGUACUUCAGCAGAGACAUGACUUAGAAAUCGAUGCAUUUGCAGAACAAAUGGGGAUGAAAGAUGAAAAGUUAGAAGUUUUCCGUUGGCAGAUGCUCAGCUUGGAACUUGAAUCCAAGCGGCUUCAUUCACAUCUUGCUGGACAGAAUCAAGAGAUCCUGCAGCUUAGACAUAGGAAUAUGAAAUUAAAAGCUCUGUCAAUGGAGAGAGAAGAGGAAUUAGCUUCCCUGAAAGGCCAAUUGGCAUCACAGUUUAGCUCUCAAGGGUACCAGGCGACAAAAUGGGAUCUGCUAGAUGAAGACAACGGCACUUGGUCUGAUGUCAAGGUUAUAAAGCUACAAUCGGGAGAAGAAGAGCAACAGAGAGAUAAAGAUUCUGUUGGGACGAUAAGAGACGAUGCUAUUGAGAGAGAAGAGAUUUCUUGUUCAAACCUUGUUGAGAAUAGAAAUCCAUUGAUACAAUCUCCAGGAACUGAGUUUGAAGAUGAGAAAGAAAUUGCUUGUCACAGUCCCAUUCAAGAAGCUAACACAAGCAGUCCACAGGAGGUUGAUAAUGCCGAACAGUUGGCAUCAAUAGGACAGCAGUUUGGAAGAACUUAUAGUGCCCAAUGGAGGAUGGAUAUCCAUGCUCUAGGAGUGUCUUACAAAAUCAAAAGGCUGAAACAGCAAUUUCUCUUGCUUGAGAAGCUCAUCGGAAAACAAGAGACUUCUCGGAAUUCUGAAAAUGAGGAUAAUGGACAAGUUGGCAUUAGAGAAUUUCUUUUGUUUCUGACACUGCUGAAUAAACAAGUGGGCAGAUACAAUUCUCUGCAGGAGAAGAAUGAUGAACUCUGCCAAAGGAUGCAUGAUUAUGAGGCGAGUGUAAAAUGUGGAGAGUCUAAAGUAGUUAGAACGAAAGGGAAAACCAAAGCGUUGGAAAGUUUCCUUGAACAGACAUUUCAGCUGCAAAGAUAUGUUGUCUUAACGGGACAGAAAUUGAUGGACAUUCAAACCAAGAUCAGCCCGGAAUUUGCCAAGGUUGCUGACGAACUUCAAAAGUCUGGUAGCUUUGACAUUAAGCUCUUUGCCAGUAGUGUUAAAACUCUCUUCCAAGAAGUGCAAAGAGGUCUAGAAGUUCGAAUAACUCGAAUUAUUGGAGAUCUAGAAGGAACCCUGGCGGGCGAGGGUAUGAUCCGUCUAAGUAGGUAGUUGUGAAACUGAAUCUUAAUCAAUAAAGUUGAAGAGUCAUGUAUGA